CAAACGUCAAAAUAAAGGACUUCAAAAGACCUUUCAAGUAAACUGUUACACGAUACCCCUACUAACUUAUGCUUAGUCCAUUUUCAUCCUUACUACAGACUGAGAUUUUGGAGGCAAACAAAUUGUAGGCUUUCUCCUUCUACCUAGUGAAUUUGUUGGUUGGUUCCGACAAAAAGUGUCAUAACAAUCAUCAUCGCGAUCGUUGAAGAGAUCUUUGAAGAUGUCCCAUUCGAAUUCUCAAUCCGGCUCAUCGGGCAGCUCGCCAAACCAACAACCGUUCUUCCAAGAACACUUUGAGCAAGAACACAAUUUAUUCAGAAGCGGGACAGUCAGGAGAGCAGGUAGCAAUGACAAGAAGGAAAAGGAUGAGAAGCUGCCCAAACUGGUGACGAACGGAACAGACGAAAUUGUGAUGCACAACAGGGGUGAAAGAUAUAGCAGUCCGGAGAUUAUGAUGGGGAACAGAUAUAGGAAGUCAUUGGAUAGCUGCUUUAGGCACAGCUUAGAGUCUAUAUCAGAAUACAAAGCCAAACACACAUUCAUCCCAUACUAUGGCACGAAUAAUACGAGUCAAGACAUCAGCUCGUCUUUAGAAUCAUUAUCUCCGGAGCAACUGGAUUAUGCAACUUUGAGUUCAAAUUCUAACACAGAUACGAGAGAAAAUAGCUCUAAGACAAUUCCUAGUCCACCAACUGACGAACCUAGUUACUAUAGGUAUUCAUUUGAGUAUAGAGACAGCCUAACGUCCAGUGGAGGAACCAAUGGCACUCCUCGAGGUAGUAUUCCGUCAUCAAGCAGGUCCAGGAGUAGCCGUAGUUCCGCCAGGGGUAGCCUGCCUUCUAGUGGGAUAUCGGAGAGAGGUAGCAUACCUUCGGAUGGGACUCUGAGCAGGAGCAGUAUCCCAUCCAGCUAUCUACUUGACAGGCAAGGAAGUGCGGACAGUCAAUUUAGCAGUAGUGGAGAAGGAAAAGAUGAGAGUAAGACUAGGCAGGCGAGUUACCUCACGGUUGAAGAGCUAAAGCUCAACGAAAAUUUGAGGAUUCCCAGCCCAGCAACAAACUAUCUCUCUUGGAUUGAAAGUGUACAAGAAGAGUAUUUUGGAAAAGGAGCAACUAGGGUCACCGAAGUACCAGAUAUUGACAGUAGAGUUGGAGAAUGGAACAAUUUUUGGUUGAACUACAACAGCGGGAGGACCGAAUAUCUGUCGAGUACUUUCGAAAAUAAGGAAGAAAGAAAUCAUGACGACGGUCUGGAUAAGAAAAGUGCUGGCAGCCCACAUAGAGUAGAAUCAUUGGACAAAGGAAAUGAGGAGUAUGUCACAUUAUCUCUGGAAGAAAUACGUGAAACUUUGAAGUGUUGCAAGAAAAUUACAGACAUUCUGGAAAAUGUUCUUAUCCGUAAUGAUCGUGAAUUGGAUAAUAUUUAUAAUAUGGAAGGUUCCUUCAAUUCAGAGCCGGUACUGUCCCGACAGAGUUCUUCGGUUCGAGAGGAAAGCAAAGAGCUAUCAAAAGAAGAUCUCCGAAAAAUUCAUCGAGCUCGAUCUCAGUCAUACGUAACCCUCCAGCAACAAGGAUUUGGCAGAGAACGUUCACAGUCAUACGUGACUAUUCAACACCAGGACGUAGGAAGAGAACGGUCCCACUCAUAUGCACCAACCUACAGUCAAAAUCAGCAAGGUCGUGAGAGGUCUCAGUCCUACAUAACCAACUACCAAGAAUGGAUAAGACAGACCAAAGAAGCCUUCAAGCCGGCCGCAGCUCAAUCUUCGAGCUCUAGUUGCAUCAAUGCAUUGCUGAACAACACUGGGCUACCAGAAAUGUUCAAGAGAGUACUCAACAAGACCAGAAAGGAAGACGAUCUCAGCACGAUGAACAGACAUAGUUUCUCGAACUGGGGAAAUAAAUGAUUCCUGUUUGUUAGAUAUUUCUACAAGAGCAAGUACCGCAUAUCGUCAGUUCAUUUUUGUAUGCGUAAUAAUAGCAGAUAAUCCGUAAUAUACAUAAAUCCAUUUCCGGACAUGCAUUUUUAUACAAACAUAUACGAUGAUUCACGACUCAGAUUUCUAAUAUUUUUAACCUUCUGUAAAUAAUAAUAAGGAUAUCGUAUCGUAUUUUCAUGUUCCUUGAAUAUACGUGAUUCUCACAAAAUUUCCUGAUCACAGGCUCACUGUUCCUAUUUGUACCUGACCAAAAACAGUUUAUCUUUACAACAGUCGUAUACAUUAUACAAAUCAAUGUAAUGAAACUUUAUCAACA